UCUGAUACAUAUAAAUAUGUUAGAGUUUUGGGCUGCUUUAUAAGAAAUUCACAUUAAAGCACCAAGAAGCGACACCUGUAUUUGCAGCUUACACGUGUCAGCUGACUCAUCAGCUCUCCUUCAUGGAACAAUUCUGCCCUUCAGUCAGCCUCUAUAAACACCACCACAAGUAUUAAUCAACCCCUUCCCCUCAUAAUCACCAUCAAGCUCCGAUAAUGGCCGCCGUCCAGCCAAAUCAACCGCCUCUCCGCAUCGUCAUGCUCCCAUGGCUAGCUCACGGCCACAUCUCCCCCUUCCUCGAGCUAGCCAAGAAACUCUCCACCAACCCUAACAUCUCCAUCUACCUCUGCUCAACACCAGCUAACCUCAAAUCCCUAAAUCUAAACUCCGACUCCUUCCCGCGCAUACAUCUCACCGAGCUCCACCUUCCCUCCGACCAUCUCCCCCCACAUCUCCAUACCACCAAAAACCUCCCUUCCCAUCUCAUGCCCAUCCUCAAAGCCUCCUUCGAUCAAUACUCCCCUUUCUUCUCCCGCCUCCUCGUUUCCCUCUCCCCCCACCUCCUCAUUUACGACUUCGUUCUUCCAUGGGCUCCUCUCGCCGCUUCUCGCCUUCACGUCCCCGCCAUCCUCUUUCUCGCCUUGUCCUCCUCUGCUUCCGCGUUCUUCGUCCACUCUCUCCUUCGCCCGCCGCACGAGCAAUUCCCCUUUUUAGCUAACCCUAACAAGUCCGAUUUCGCAGAUUUGCUUGACGAGGAAUCCAACGGCAGUACUGCUGGCGAGCGAUUCAUUCAAUGCAUCAAUAACUCGACAGAAUUCAUAGCCGUAAGGAGUUUUAGUGAGAUCGAAGCAAGGUACAUAGAAUACCUUUCAUCGCUCGUCGGAAAGGAAGUUAUUCCAGUCGGGCCGCUCGUCUCCGCCGUUUUUGAAUCCGAGGGACGCGAGGAAUUGGAGUGGCUGGGCAGUAAGGAGAAGGGUACGGUUGUGUUCGUCUCUGUUGGCACGGAGUAUUUCAUGACGGAGAGUGAGAUGGAAGAGCUGGCUAUUGGGUUGAAUCUAUGCGGGCUUUUCUCCAUAUGGGUGGUCAGAUUCAACGGCGGCGACGGCGAUCGGGGGCGGCCGAUGGGGUUUUCGUGGGACAGGGGAUUGGUAGUGGAGGGAUGGGCUCCGCAGAAGAACAUCUUGGCGCAUCCGAGCGUGGGUGGGUUUGUAACGCAUUGCGGUUGGAGCUCGGUGAUCGAAGGGAUGAGACAUGGCGUGCCGAUGAUUGCGAUUCCGUUGCAGCUUGAUCAGCCAUUGAAUGCUGCGCUGAUGGUGGAGCUUGGAGUUGCGGUGAAGGUGAAGAAGGAGGAGGGGGGUGGUGUGUUUAGGGGAGAGGAGUUGGCGAGGUGUAUAAGGGAGGUGGUGGUGGGGGAGGAAGGGGAGGGUGUGAGGAGAAGGGCGAAGGAGAUGGCGAGGAUUAUGAUGGGUAAGGACGAUGAAGAGAUUGAGGUGCUGAGGGAGAGGAUUGAGGGAUUUGCAAUGGGAGCUGAGAGUGCAGAAGGGAAGGUGCCGAUCAAUUAGGGUUGGUGCGAUGUGUCCUUUAAUUUUGAAUUUGAUUGUUUUAUUGGGAAAUUAUUUCAAUAAAUAUUUAGGAAUAUUGCUUAAAGAGGUAUUUUUUUUGUAAUCUUGAUGAGUUUGGAUUCAAUAAUUCAUUAUCAUGAUUGGUUU